AGAGUGAUUGUGAUUAAGGUAAAUCAUAAGAAUUACCCUCGAAAAAUUUUAUAGAAAGUCCAUUUAAAAAAGUAAAGAAUUAAUAAAAUAUAUUCCAAGAUGUAAUAAAACUAUAAAAAAAUUACUAAAAUAAUUUAGAUUAUUAAAAUCCUAGUACUUUAAAUUCUUCUAAAUAAUAACAAAAUUGUAUUUCACCGGAAAGGUUUUAUUAUAAUUCUUAAUAACAAUAGGAUUAUAUGAAAAAUAAUGAUCCAAUAAUAUAAAAUAAUGCAUUUAGUUCAAAUAUCUAUUAAAGUAUAAGCCCUUAAAUUUCGUCUAAUUAAUAAGUUUUAUAACAUAUACCUUAUAAUUCUAGUAUGGAAUAUAACGAAGACAAUUAAAAUCAAAAAGCAGAUUAUUAUCUAUAAGAUAAUAUAAAAAAUGAGUAUUAAAGUUAAAAAAAUAAGUAAUUUAAUGAUUUGGAAAAUGUAAUCGAAUAAUUAAAAAGAUAAAACGAAUAAAAAGAAAAAGAGAAAAAUUAAAUCAUUAAUAAAUAUGAAUUCGAACUUUAAAAAUAUAGGUCAAAUUAAUAAAAAAAUGAUUUAGAUUUUUUCGGUUUAUAAUCUUAAAUUCAAGAACUUGAAAAAAAAGAAAUCUAUUAUAAAAAUGAAGUAGAUAAAAUUAAUUAGAAAUUAUUAUUAGAAGAAAUUUAAAGAGAAAAUAUAUCUCCUAAUAGUCAAUUAUUUAAACCCUAAGAUCAUAAUAUAUUUGGAAGUGAUACUUCUGAUAGGUUUUAAAAAAAGUCAAAUGAAGGAAUAUGGAACCCUUUAGAGGCUAAAAGCGAAAUGGUAAGACCAAGUGAUCAUUAACUGUUUCCAAAUUAAAAUACUUAGAUAAACGAUUAGUUUUAAAGAAACCCAAAUAAAAUAGGAUAGUCUCCAUUUAAAAAUUUAAGUGAUUUACCAGCAGCUGGAAUAAAGUCUAAAUCUCCAAGAAAUAAAUUUGAAAAUAAUAAUGAUAGUUAGUUUAUUGAAAAAGGAGGUUAUAGUGGAAAUUUAUAGGAAAAUAUAUAAAUGAUGAUAUAGGAUAAAUAAGAUCUUGAAAAUGAACUAAGAAAAAUAGAAGAUAUGAAAAGAAAAUCAGGAGCUGAUAUUAGAAGAAAAACUGAUAUAAAUAAAGAAAUAUAAUAUAUUGAUUAAUAAAUUUAAUAGUCUAAAAUAUAGUUAAAUAAAUGA